GUCCACCAGCAGCGAUGUCCAGAAAUGGGUACUUCUUUGAAGAAACAGGUUACCUUAAGUGCGAUACGGAUGACGGCUGUGACAACAAAGAGGAAGUCGGAGGGGAAGAACUCUUCGACACGGUCAACUCCUCCAUUGUGUCCGGGGACAGCAUCCGAUUCUUCGUGAACGUCAACUUGGAUGUUCAGCAGAACGUUACAGCAGAAAGCGAUGGCUCUGGGUGCGUUUUAUUGCACACAUCAAGAAAAUACCUAAAAUUAAAGAAUUUUGAAGAGGAGGUCAGAGCCCACCGUGAUCUGGACGGCUUCCUGGCCAGAGCGAGCAUCAUUCUGGACGAGACGGCCACUUCUCUGGAUGACGUUUUGCGGGAGAUGUUAAAACACUUCUCUGAAGACUCGGACAACACCGAGCCAAGCUGCAACUUUGACAAAAUUAUGAGCACUUUAUUCACCGAUUCAGGGACGCCUCGGGAGGGCAAUGUUCACCUUUUGUCGGACACAAUUCAGGGUGUGACGGCCACAGUCACCGGUAUCCAGUAUCAGCAAUCGUGGCUCUGUAUCAUUUGCACUAUAAAAUCGCUCCAACGACGUCACGUUUGUAUCAGCCGCCUUGAAAGACCCCAGAAUUGGGGGGAGAAUUCCUGUGAAGUGAGGUUCGUCAUUUUGGUGCUGGCCCCUCCAAAAAUGAAAAGUACCAAAACGGCAACCGAAGUGGGCCGGACUUUUGCCACCAUGUUUUCGGACAUCACCUUCCGACAGAAACUCCUGGAAACCAAGACGGAGGAAGAAUUCAAAGAGGCUUUGGUCCACCAGCGUCACUUGCUGAUGGUGGUCAACCAGAGGCCCUCGGCAGUGACCGGUGACCACAAGGCUCAUGGUUCCAAACCGCUGAAGCUGCACGAGUUCUGCAAUGUUGGCAAAGGGAUUUUUGAUGACAUCGCACGGAGGUUCCCAGUCUACGCUCUGGAUUUCACCGACGGCAUCAUCGGCACCAACAAAGCGAUAGGGAAAUACAUCACCACCAUGAUCUUCCUCUACUUCGCCUGCCUCCUGCCCACCAUCGCUUUCGGCUCCCUCAAUGACGAAAACACCGAGGGGGUCAUCGACGUGCAAAAGUCGAUUGUGGGCCAGUGCAUCGGCGGCCUGGUUUAUGCGCUCUUUGCCGGCCAGCCACUUGUGGUGCUUUUAACCACAGCUCCUUUGGCUCUGUAUAUCAAUGUGAUCAAAGGAAUCUGUUAUGAUUACAACUUGGACUUCCGUGCGUUUUAUGCGUGGGUUGGACUCUGGAAUAGUUUCUUCCUCGUAUUGUACUCCCUCUUCAACUUCAGUCUUGUAAUGAAGCUCUUUAAAAGGUCCACAGAAGAAAUCAUUGCACUUUUUAUUUCCAUCACAUUCGUGCUUGAUGCCCUGAAAGGAAUCACAAAAGUUUUUACAAACUACUACCACGGCCCAAGAUCUCACAGUUUGACCAUCAACAACACCAACUUAUUGCUGAACAUCUCCACCGAACGUUCGUCGAUGGGAAAUCAGAGCGACGGUCCUUCAGCCACCCCGCAUGAGGGGCGAGAAACGGCCGUUUUGAGUCUCAUGUUGAUGUUGGGGACGUUGUGGCUUGGUCACACUCUCUAUCAGUUCAAGAAAAGCCCCUACCUCCAUCCGCGCGUCCGCGAGAUCCUCUCGGAUUGUGCGCUGCCCAUUUCUGUCCUCACCUUCUCUGUGAUCGGAUCCCACUUCUUUGAGGAAAUAAAAAUGUCCAAAUUUAACUACAACCAGUCGGAGAGCUUGUUCGUCUUGGCUCCCUUGAAGGAUCUCCACCUUGGCUCGGUGAUGAGCGCCAUGGGCCUGGGGUUCCUCCUCUCUAUGCUCUUCUUCAUAGAGCAAAACAUCGUGGCCUCGCUCACCAACGCCCCAGAGAACAGGUUGGUGAAGGGGACAGCUUAUCACUGGGACCUGCUCCUGGUAGCACUGAUCAACACGGGGCUCUCCGUCUUCGGAUUACCCUGGAUCCACGCGGCUUUUCCUCACUCACCGAUGCACGUCCGGGCCCUGGCCUACGUGGAGGAAAGAGUUGAGAACGGACACAUCUAUGAGACGAUUGUGAGCGUGAAGGAGACGCGUCUGACCACGUUGGUGGCCAACUCCCUGGUCGGCCUUUCUCUCCUGCUGCUCCCUUUCCCUCUCCAGCUCAUCCCGAAGCCCGUCCUGUAUGGACUCUUCCUCUACAUCGCCCUGACCUCCAUCGAUGGGAACCAGCUGUUCGAGAGGGUGGCCCUUUUGCUCAAGGAGCAGACGGCCUACCCUCCAACGCACUACAUCCGCCGAGUGCCCCAAAGGAAGAUCCACUAUUUCACCGGCCUGCAGGUCGUCCAGCUCCUGAUCCUCUGCAGCUUUGGGAUGUCUCCUCUGCCCUACAUGAAGAUGAUUUUCCCGCUCAUUAUGAUUGGAAUGAUCCCGAUCAGAUACAACCUGCUCCCCAGCAUCAUUGAAGCAAAAUAUUUAGACGCCAUGGACGCCGAACACUAACCACACAAGAAUCUUCAUCCCGGCGGCGUUUCGUCCCUUGUUUUGGCCUUCCGGAACGGAUAAGGGAGCCGCCCGUGCGACCGACCGACCAACCGACCGACCGGCUCGUUUGGACGUUGCCUUGUUUCUGCAACCGCGGGGCAGAAACCUGCGACCUUCCUUUUAGUACUGCACUAUAAACUCCCACCGAAAGUCCUGACCCCCGUCGACCGACCAAGUUGUCUCCCCUCCCUCCCUCCCCGUUUCAGGGUGUGAGGAGGGAGGGGGGGUGAAAACACGACGCAAGAGGCACGAGCAAGGAGACCUCUCCCCUCUUUUAUAGACGGAUCACUCGAUGACGCUCCGGAUCCCUUUUUCGUUGGGACGUGAAUUCUAUGCAAAUUUCGGGAGCUUCGUUGUCCGGCCCUUUGUGGUCCUUGAACGCCCGUCAUCUUCUGGAUGAGACGUACCCCGUUGUCCCAUCCCCCCAAACAAGGAGUUUGCUGGAGACACCAAGGCGUCCUCCCCGUUGGGUUUUUCGGCCUCCAUGUUCCAUCGGGGUCGUCUUCGCCCACGGCGAGGGCCACGGAAGCGCGUUCCGGCGUAGCGGCGGAACCCAGCCAAAGAACACCCGUGACUGUUUUGGACAUUGCUUCCCGGUCGACCACAGUGUGGCUUGGCCUGCUGGCUUCCCCCAGCAGCCUCUCCUCCGACGUGCAUUAUGACUUUGAUCCUCCCUUCUCUUGGCCCGGGUAUCAAGUGCUACCUUCCCUUUGUACAUAAAUAUACAUAGCGGGAAUCUAAAUUUUCUGUAUAUAUUUUGCAUAUCAAUACUGUGUUCCCUGGAUAUC